GUUGAAGUUGAAACUCAAAUUCAACUAUUGCAUGAUAGUACACCCACUUAUACAGCCGACGCUAAUCUGCAUUAAAUCCAUUCAGUAUGGCGGCCAGCGACGACUCUUCCUUCUACCUCUACGGAGUGGGCGAGAAACCCGAGGCCCUAACACUCGGAUCCUUGGUCUUGGAGAAAUAUUGGCAACCGCUCAUCGCGCGACAUUAUACACAUGAAAUGCUCAGCGACGAGGCCUUGCAAGAACAUGCCUUCACCAGCAACCUUACAAACGUCACCUUCCACGGCUCCUCUCGUCUAUCCCCAUCCAUAGGUCUCAGCGCCGCCGAUAUUAUCGAUCUCAAUCUCGCCUGGAACAAAGACCUCGAGCGCAUCGUCACUGCCGAGAAGGGGACUCGAAUAGUCCUCAAAGACCCCGAAUCAUUCCUCACUGCAUCCGUUCUCAACAACCCACUCGCUCAACAGAAGCUCAAACUCUGGCUCUCUGCCGCCCGUAGUGCCUAUGUGCUGAACUUCAAAUUCGCCCGCCGCCCCAAAAUCUGGCUCCUCACUGGCCUAUAUAUGCUCGAAGGCACCCGCACAGUUGUCUCGCGGGGUCACUCCAAGGAUGCCUCGGCGGGAAUCUCAUCGUCGGUCCUGGGGGCGUUGUCCGGCGUGCCGGUGGGCGGAUCCGUGAGUCUGGGCCAUGAGACAUCGUGGGAGUUGGCGAUGGAAGUGCCUGAGCGGCACGUGUGGGCUGCCCAGUUUCGCUUGCUGGAUGCUCAGUUCAUUAAGAUGGGUAAGACUGGACUGGAAGGGGUGCAGCUUCCCACAUCCAUGGGACUCUAUCGGGACUUCAUGUCGGUGAAUACGGUUCGGGGUGCAGGGCAGGAUGGGGUGGAGUUGGGACUGCAGAGCGAGAUUGAUGACGAAGAGGAAGACGCUUUCUCGGAGGAUGGGGUGGGUGAGGAUGAGCAGGAGAAUGAGGAAAUGGCGGAGUAUGAGAAGCGCCUGGAAGAGGCGAUCGGGUUGUUUGAGGGGGCGCCGAAGCACUUAUUGGAGUAGUGACUGUUACUCCGUACGGCUGUUAGUGGCCCCAACUGGUG